CUUUUUACAAGGUUUUACAAAAUACUCUUGUAGCAAAAGAUCUGCAACAGGCAACUAGGAUCGCUUACGGCAAGCAAAGAUGGCGCGUAGUUACCUUAGAAGGUCAACUCUUUGAUCUAGUCGGUACCAUGAGUGGAGGUGGUAAUAGAGUUAUUCGUGGAGGAAUGAGUUCAAAAUUUGUUUCGGAUGUGACUCCCGAAAUGAUUUCUAAGUUGGAGAGGGAACGGUUUGAUUUAGAAAAUAAAUGGAAAGAAUUUAAUGAAAAACGCAAAGCGUAUGAAAGUCGGCUUCAACAACUUAAACAAGAACUACCCCUGAUGGAAGUUAAUUUAUCGAAAUUAGAAAUGGAUUCAAGUUCAUGCGCUAAACGAAUUACCGAUACCCAGAAACUCAUCUCGGAAUUGCGACAACAGAAUAAACCAAAUGUUGAAGAUCGAAAACGAAUGCAACAACUUAAAGGGCAAAUCGAUAAAUUGAACCUGGAAUUGACUAAUCUUAAGAAUCAAUCUUCAAAAAUAGAAGGCGAAAUAGGAAUUCUGCAUGAAAAGAUUCUGCAAGUCGGUGGUGAUAAGCUUCGUGCCCAAAAGAUGAAAGUAGACUCGAUAAAGGAACAAAUAGAUAUGACUAAUGACCAUAUCACGAAAGCCCAAGUUGCAAAAUCGAAGGCCGAAAAAGAUGUAACUAAAUUUGAAAAUUCUAUUGCAAAAAAUGAAGGUGAAAUAGAACAGCUUAAUCAAGAAAUGCAAGACUUGGAAGGCAGUAUUCGACAGAAUACAGAAUUAUCAAGGUCUAUCGAGAUCAGAGAUCUGGAAGAAAAGAAAGAAGCGCUUGAUGAAAUGAAAGCCGAACGCGACAGCAAAGCAACUAUAAUUAAUAACACCCGGGCCAUCCAGUUAGAAAUUAAAAAUAAACUUGAAAAUAACGAGCGCAGCUUGUUGGAAAAUAGGCAUAAGGAAAAACACUUAGUAAACUCUCUCAAAAAGCUCGCUCUUCACGAAAUAAGUGAUGAUGAAAGGCAACCUGAAUUUCCAACUUAUACGGAUGACGAACUUAAAUCAAUCGAUGAAGAAAGCUUGAAAAACGAAAUCGAAGUUCUUAAUGAAAAGAUACAGAGUGCCAGCCCUAAUCUAAAUGUUUUAGCGGAAUACAAACGUUGUGAGGAAGAAUAUCUUUCUAGGGCAAGAGACCUUGAAGAAGUCACCCGUAUGCGUGACGAAUGCAAAAAAGAGUAUGACGAUCUUCGUAAAUUGAGAUUAGAAGAGUUUAUGCAUGGGUUUACAUUAAUAUCCCAAAAAUUAAAAGAGAUGUAUCAGAUGAUUACGCUUGGAGGUAAUGCAGAGCUAGAAUGUUGUGAUAGUCUAGAUCCCUUUUCUGAAGGUAUUAUAUUCAGCGUUAUGCCUCCGAAAAAAAGCUGGAAAAAUAUUUCUAAUUUAUCCGGCGGAGAAAAGACGUUAAGCUCUUUAGCUUUGGUGUUUGCUCUUCAUCACUUUAAGCCAACUCCACUGUACGUGAUGGAUGAGAUUGAUGCUGCCUUGGACUUUCGCAAUGUUUCAAUCGUGGCAAAUUAUAUCAAAGAGCGUACCAAAAAUGCACAAUUCAUUGUCAUUAGCUUACGGAAUAACAUGUUUGAGUUGGCUGACCGCUUAGUGGGAAUUUACAAGACAAAUAAUAUGGUAUAUAAUCCAGUAGAUACAAUAACGAUUG